AUGGUGAGCGGAGGUUGUACCAUGACUCACAACUCUCUGUGUGAGAUCACCAGUAAGCUGCAAGCGUGUACACCUCACUUUAUUCAGUGUGUCAGGCCCAACAAUGCCGGAAAGCCUGAUGUUUUUGACAGCUUCCACGUGUCCUCACAGCUCCAGUACGUGGGAGUUCUGGAGAUGGUCCGCCUGAUCCGUUAUGGAUACCCAGUCCGCCUGUCUUUCACCAGCUUCCUGUGCAGAUACAGAGAGCUGGUGGACACCAUCCUCACCGACAGGAAGAAAGCAUCCACAGAGGAGAAGUGCCGCCACAUUCUGCAGCAUUGUAAACUUCAGGGCUGGCAGAUAGGGAACAGUAAGGUUUUCUUGAGAUACUGGCAAGCUGAUCACCUUAAUGACCGCUGCCAUCAACUGCACAGGAAGAUUAUUAUCUGUCAGAAAGUGGUGCGUGGUUGGUUGGCCAGACAGUGUGCACGUCACAGGCUCACAUCUUGGCAGCAGGAGCAGUGUACCGUCCAGCGGUUUCUGCAGGGAGCUGAGGACUUGGGUAUGCGUGCUUAUGACAGCCUGGUCAUCCAAAAUGCAGCCGAUAUUGCACGAGAGAAUGACCGCCUCCGGGGUCACAUCAGUGCUCCACCACUGGGUGAACGACCAGAACCUGUAGGCAAAGAAGAAGACUCACCCAAAAGGGCUGUUGAAAAAAGUGGAAGGGUUAACGAUGUGUCAGGCCGUGGGGGGAACAGACCACUCCGGCAUUUCCGCUCCAGCUCUGUGCCUCUCCCCCUGGUUAUGGACAGCUUGGUACACUCCAGCAUCGGGACAUCAAUCAAAGCAGCCCUUCAGCCUGCGCCAUACUCCACUGAGGAGGGGAAUGGAGGGAUCCUCUCCUCCCCACGAAAACAACCUCCUCCCAAACCCAAACGAGACCCCAAUACACGUCUGAGUGCAUCGUACGAGGCAGUGUGUGCAGGGCUGAGUAUUGCACUCAAAGACAGCCCUGCUGAGGGUCAAGGCUCUCCAUCUGGAAGCCCACCAAAAACCCAACUCUCUCCUUCUGAUCCCCUCUCUAAACCACGCCCUCACAGUGAUGACUACAGCACCAUGAAGAAGAUCCCACCCCCCAAGCCCAAACGCAGCCCUAAUACCAAGCUGACAGGUUCCUAUGAGGAGAUCUCUGUACCUUCCCCUGCACGCCCCACGGACAUGAAACUUGUCAGCCUGGUACGAGCCGGCCACUGCUUGGGCCUUAUCCAACGAGCAGCAUCUGCGGAUGGCCCCAAUUCUUCUGUGCUAAGCCUCUACCCCUGUCAGGAUGAGGAGGAUGUGUAUAUCGAUAUGGUGGGGGCCUCACGAGCCCUCAGCCUGGCUGACUCCCACAGUCCAGAGCUGGGAGAGGCGGUUUACGAGGAAAUGAAAUACUUCCCACCUGACGAGGUGGGGUCAGCUCCGGUGGCCAAGCCUGAAACGGUCAAUCCCGGUCCCACUACCCUACCUUCCCCAGGGCCAGAAGUCAAGAGGCCGGUGACCUUGAUGGAGCACUCUGGCUCUCUCGGAGGAAAGCAGCAGGGCAAGGAUGGGAUGGGUUGUGACAUUCCAGCUCCAUUCCCCAACCUUCUUCAACACCGUCCCCCACUUCUAGUCUUCCCCCCGUCCCCUGUCACCUGCUCUCCGGCUUCGGAUGAGUCCCCCCUCACCCCCCUGGAGGUGAAGAAGCUGCCUGUGUUCGAGACUAACCUCAACUACACCAGCCAAGAUGGAGGCAGCCCACUCUCACCCCAGUACACCCGUCAAAGAGCUGACUCCUCACCGAGUCUUUCUGUCUUAAUGCCAGAAAAGUCCACUCCACCCUUGACUCCUCCUCCUCUUUCGGCAGCACUUCCACCUCCUUACCGCCCCCCAUCCCACUUCCCCUUCCCCCCUGAACCAAACUUGUUGGCUCUGACACGUGCAGCUUCUGUGGCUACCACUGAUUCCCCCAAAGUCUCCCAUAAAAUAGGGCACGUUCUGGCAGAGACACCCCCAAGCAGUUCCAAGCCUCCCUUCUCCCCAGUAAAGACCUCACGGCCAGAGCCCCGCAGAUCUCAUUCCUGCUCCUCCUCACCUCUGCUCUUCAAUCCAGCCAAUGGGAGACCCCUCACCAGCCCUCUGGACGAGCUCAAUACCAUUUUUAGCUCAGGGCGCAGCCUGCUCCGCAAGUCCACCACUGGAAGAAAAAUACGUGACAGCGGACUCUCUAAUUCCAACAUUAACCUGCCAGGUCAAGAGGAUCAAGGCCCCAUCUCUCCAUCAGCACAGUUACAGGACAAAAAUGCCAACAACCACACCUCACCCAGCUCAUCCAACCCCGCACCCAUUGAGAAUGGCAACCAGAUCUCCAAUGGUAAUGGCACAAGAGGUUAA